GCAGCGGACGGUGAGGAAGCGGAUCUUGACAGUGCCACUGGCACAUGAUUCCUCUGUUUACAGCCAUCCGUUAAAAACAUGGAGGACGCGACCAGCAGUAAUCCUCAAUCUCUUGGAUUUACAGAUAAAUUAAAAUCAUGGUUGUCCUGGUCAUGGACAUACAUAUGUGCCGUUUGGUUUGCUAUGGUUUUAACAAUGAUCUAUGUUCUGCGAAGCCCCUUGAAACUGCAGGACACUCUUACCUCAGCAUCUGUGUUCUUGAAUACACUGACCCCUAAAUUCUAUGUGGCACUCACUGGAACAUCUUCUCUCAUCUCUGGCCUAAUCUUGAUAUUUGAGUGGUGGUACUUCCGUAAGUAUGGAACCUCAUUCAUCGAGCAGGUGUCUGUUAGCCAUCUGCGACCCCUCCUAGGUGGGGUGGAGAGCAGCUCAACCACUGGCCUGUUCUCCUCAGUCAACGGAGAGGCUGAGCCCAGACCCAGUGUCUCAGAGUGUAAAGUUUGGAGGAAUCCAUUAAAUCUAUUCAGAGGAGCAGAAUACAGCAGGUACACCUGGGUGACUGGAAAGGAGCCUUUGACGUACUACGAUAUGAACCUUUCUGCUCAAGACCACCAGACGUUCUUCACUGGUGACACUCAGCAAAUCAAGGCUGAAGAUACUGUGAUGCAGAAGGCCUGGAGGGAGAGGAAUCCCCAAGCCAGGAUAAGAGCAGCUUACCAGGCCAUAGAGAUGAACCACGAGUGUGCUGCUGCCUAUGUGCUACUGGCAGAGGAGGAAGCCACCACCAUCACAGAGGCUGAGAGGCUGUUUAAACAAGCCCUGCGGAGUGCUGGCAAAGACAUCAACUUGCUGGUGUACAUCAAACGCAGACUGGCCAUGUGUGCACGCAAGCUGGGACGCAUCAAGGAGGCAGUGAAAAUGAUGAGAGAUUUAAUGAAAGAAUUCCCACUGUUGGGAAUGUUGAAUAUACAUGAAAACCUCCUGGAGGCACUACUGGAGCUGCAGGCCUACGCUGAUGUACAAGCAGUCCUCGCCAAAUACGACGAUAUCAGCUUGCCAAAGUCAGCCACUAUAUGCUACACAUCUGCACUGCUGAAAGCACGGGCUGUAUCAGAGAAGUUUUCUCCUGAGGCAGCAUCCCGGCGGGGCCUGAGCACUGCAGAGAUGAACGCUGUGGAGGCUAUACACAGAGCCGUGGAGUUUAACCCACAUGUGCCAAAGUAUUUAUUAGAGAUGAAGAGUCUGAUCCUGCCUCCAGAACAUAUCCUGAAGAGGGGGGACAGCGAGGCGGUGGCCUACGCCUUUUUUCACCUGCAGCAUUGGAAGAGGGCCGAGGGAGCCUUAAACCUGCUGCACUGCACCUGGGAAGGCACUUUUCGGAUAAUUCCCUACCCUCUAGAGAAGGGUCACCUGUUUUACCCCUACCCUGGGUGCACAGAAACAGCAGAUCGGGAACUGCUGCCGACCUUCCAUGAGGUGUCUGUGUACCCGAAGAAAGAGCUUCCCUUCUUCAUCCUCUUCACAGCGGGCCUUUGCUCCUUCACUGCCAUGCUGGCCAUGCUCACACACCAGUUCCCUGAGCUCAUGGGUGUCUUUGUCAAAGCAUUCUUCAGCACCCUCUUCACACCCCUGGGUUUCUUCGCAGACAAGAUGGAGAGCUUCAUGCCAUCCAGUUUCUGGCAUCAGCUGACUCGAAUCUGACCCCAUCUCACACACGUACACAUACACACCCCUCAGACACCAACACUCCAAAACUACAGACAGAAAUGUUUGCUCUCCUGUCUUCAGCGUGCACACACACUUGUUGUUUUGGUACUGAUUAUGUUGGCCAAGUCUUGUAUCAACAUCCAGACGCAACUCAGAGAUGCAACUGCUAAGAAGCCAGGUUUUUAAAGUAAACAUUUACCAGAUAUUCACGCAGUUAUUCGUUUAUUAUUAUUAUAGGAACUUGAAGUUAUGUUGAGUUACACAGAACGGUAAAUAGAAAGUAUUUCAACCUACAUUUUACUUCCAAGUCCCACCUCUAAAUUACGUCAAUCUCUCAUACACUUCUGAAUUAAGUGCGGAAACAAUAAAUGUAUUAUUAGGUCAUGUUUCAUUAUUGUGAAGGCUAACACUACAGUUCAUGGAAGUAGUAUCCCUCUGUUCUAGUUAGGGUUGCAAAAUUCCAGGAACUUUUGAUAAAUUCCCUGAUUUUCCUGAGAUCCUGGUUGUAGAAUUCCAGAUUUCAUGGAAAGAAAAACAUGGAAUUUAUUGAAAGUUCCUGAAAUUUUGCCACCCUGGUUCUAGUGUUGCUAUCUUGCCAAAUGUAUUGUCUGUUAGCUGGUGCAGCAGGAGACAGAUGGAUAUCUAUAGAAAAGCAUACUAGAAGGCCUGUUUUCCACGAUCGCAUGUCUGAACAGACACAUUAAUGUUCACUAGAAUAAGGUAGAGCCAUGUAUUUAGAGAGUUGGGACAUUGUGGUUUCUGCUUUAUGAUGCAUUUACAUGAGACAACAAUACAUGGCAGCCAUGUUAGCGGCCAUUUACAUUACAUGGGAAAUAUGUCUAUAAUGCUAUGUAACAAUGUCUAGAAUUAGAACCAAUAUCAUUUAAAAAAAUCUAAAUACAUGGCUCUGGAAUAAGGUAUGUGUGUCAUGCCAGUUCAGAUGGGUUGAAACAAAGCAUAGCCUUUAUGGUACAUAGUCAUCCUAUGGGGCAGAGUUUAAGUUUGUGAGACCUUCUAAAAACAGAUCCUUGAUUUACUGCUUCACUCUGUCUCUAGUGUAUACAACGCCUGCAGUGUUUUGCCAGUUGUUGCCACAGCAUGCCACCUCCACGCUAUAUCACUGGCAACCUGCGCCCCCUCAAACGUAGCAUAAACAUGUAAGUGGGAUUAUAACCGGUUACGGCAUGGGUAGUCAUGGCAUCACUCACAGCCAAUCACAUAACUGAACGCUGCGUUUCCAGGUCCUCUAUGAGAUGUAGUCAACUCGUAUUGCUCAGGUGUAAUCAGCCAAUCACAACAGGCCGCUUUGUUUGAAUCACUGUGUGGUUUCACCGUAGCCUCAACAGCAAAUACUCUGAACCGUGAUCUAAGACUAGUCAAUAGCCUACAGUAUAUAUUGUGGCAGGACUCGAUAUUUGAUCAUGAAUAGCACAAAGGGCCUUUUGUACCUCACUGGCUCAACAGACAGAUUGGAUUUAAGCGGCUUGAUGAAAUUAAAAGCUAUUUCUCACAAUACUCCCAGAUAUGUAUUGUAUUGAUGAACCAAUGUUUCGGCACACAGUGGUUUCAGAACCUGCUCAUUCAUUUGCUAAUUCCUUCAACUAUUUUAUGUAUUUUAUCAUACGUAAACCCAAUUAUGAGUAAAGAUGGCAGCAAGAGCUGACUGUUUAUUGGUUGCUGGUAGUGCAUUGCAUCCAGGGCCGGACUAAUGCAUUUUGGGCCUCGGGGCCCCAAAAAAUCAAUAUUUUGGGAGGAGAAUACAGCUAACUUUCUGCAUUUCAACAUGUGCAGUUUUAUAAUGCAAUUCUACACAUUUUGUCACGUGCCCGUUCGGUAAUCCCGCCCUGUUUGCAUAAUGUGAUAUUUGUGCACUGUGCUUGAACAGCACUUAUAAUUGGUUUGCUACUUUCAUUCAAUUUAUGUGUCAGAGCCAUCAACACUCCUACCUGGCUAUACUGUGCACUAUCUGGGUGUAAUUACUGUACACUAUUUUAAUUCCAUACUGUUGGAUUAUAUUUGGGAUAGUCCAGAAUAACAAGAUGAAAUGCUGAAGACAGAAGUCCUAUUUGAACUUACUACCAUAUGAGUUAGAUAGCUCACAAUAAAUUGGUUCUUGAAUGUAAAUCUAAUGCGUUUGUGUUUGAAUUUUUGUUGUACUUUGUGAACAAAUAAAUCUAAAAAACAGA